AUGUUUCGGUCACCACUCUUCAGCUGGUCUCCACGGCCAGACCAAGACCCGCUGGCUACACCGGCAUCGCAGUCGCCAUCUCGAUUUGGCGCAUUUCAAAGCAACAUACGAACGAUGAUCAAUGGCUCUUCGAUCUAUUCGCAGUCUCCAGGCCUCGGUCCAUCGAACCAUGACACGCCUAAGGUGCCUUUCUUGGGGUUCCUCGGCCGCCGCCCGCACUCGCCCGAUGGGAACAUUCUUCCCACCUCGAACGAUGUGCCUCGCGAGUCAAAUGAUUCGCGAUCUCCUCUUCACCCUCAGCAUACUGCGGGUUCAUACAUGCGUACUAUCGCACCGCUACAAGACCCGCGAGAACCUGCAACAAUAUACAGUCGCCAUCCAGCGGACGUGCCGUUACCACAUCAACCAAACGGAUAUGCGGACCCCGAGGUACAAGAACUGGCCGACGACAUCCAUGGACGGAGACGGCGGCGGAAACACAAGAAGAGGAAGCAUAGGCGCACCGAACAAUGGGUCCGCCGGAGGGACGAGAGAGGCGGGCGCGGUUCAACAAAGUAUGUAAAAGGAACGGCAGCUCGAGCGAAGAUGUUCGCCUGUGCUAUUUCUGGUACUUUCCUUAUCAUCGUAUUAGCGAUCUAUCUCGCAAUCGCCCUCACGAACCGCGACCUUGGCCAGGAAGUCCACAUCCUCUUCAUACUAGUCCUCCUCACUAUCACCAUCUUCUUCUGCCACUCCCUGAUCAGACUCUGCAUGCUUAUGCUCAAUCCACCGCGCGAAGGACAUCGGCCACACCUCCCAGCUAUGACGGGACCUGACGGCUUCCAACCUAUUGUGCCUAUCCGCGUACAUCUUGCAAGAGACGUGGAAGCCGGAGCUUCUGAUGAGGAAGCCGAGAAUGACAUGGACAUCGAGGACCCAGAGAAGGACAAGAUUCCUCCACCUCCACCUGCCUACGGUCUCUGGAGGUGCAGCGUCCGCGCCGAUCCCAACCUCCUACACUGGCAGCGUGUCGAAAAUCGAGAAAACCGCGCCUCAAUCACCACAGACAUCCCUUACACACACAACGCAUCUGCCAUUGACCCACCCGGGGCCCCUCCUCUUGCGCCUGCUUCUGGUCCUCGCCCGCCAUCUUACAUCUCAGAAGACGGCGUGAGUUACAUUAUCGAAGCUGCACCGCGGAGUACGGUGAAUAACCGUGAGAGUUCCACGGGGGUCAGUGACAUUCAUCCUGCGUGGCGGCCAGGCUACGCUAUGAGCGAGGUCAGGGGAAAUUACGGUGUAGUGUAA